AUGCUGCCGACCAUUCCCUCUUCUCCGACUCUCACUCACAGAAAUGACAUCAAGAAGCGAAUAAAGAAAGCACAACGGGACGCCGUGCUCGACUUGGUCAACUCAACAAUCGACACUUUUCUUUCGAAGCCAUGUAACGAACCUCAAGUGCUUUCCAUACGUGUGCCUGAAAUCAGCAUCACCGUAGCCGAACUAACACCAGACGAGGCUUCAAUGAUGGUGAACAACCCUCAUUACAACAAGAUGCUUGAAGCAGCAGAGAACAAAAAGCGAGUUCAUGCAGCGUGCGCUGCAGCCAGGCAAUUUCUCGUCGAG